AUGGACGAAGACGCGAUCAGACUAAAUAUUCUAAAUGUCAACCCUCCAACACCAAUUACCGUGAGCGCGGCUACGGCUGGCCCUGAAUCUGGAUGCCACGAUGUUGGCAAUGACACGGAGGCGACCGAGCAGGAAUUCAGUCUCCCGCCGACUGAUGGGGGCAAAGAUGCCUGGCUCUUUUUGGCCGCGUGUUGGUCUGUCGAAGCUCUGAUCUGGGGUAAUGAUGCACUCUCGUCCCUGAAAUUGUCCUCUGUACUGAUCUGCGGGAUAUCAGGUUUUGGCUUUUCCUUUGGUGUCUUUCAGGACUACUAUACUUCUCAUGAACCGUUCGAGGGCGCCAGCAAUGUUGCAGCAAUUGGGACUUCUGCUCUGGGAACCAUGUACCUCGGAACACCAGUUGUCAUAGCACUCUGCCGUCUGUAUCCUCGGUAUGCUCGCUGGGCGACGCAGAUCGGGCUCUUUGUGGCCUCGCUGACCAUAGCCCUGAGCUCGUUCUGCGUGACGGUACCCCAGCUGAUCGCCGUCCAAGGCGUCCUGUUUGGGGUCGGAGGUUGCGUCGCCUACUGCCCAUGUGUUCUGUAUAUAGAGGAGUGGUUCGUCCGGCGAAAGGGUAUGGCAUACGGCAUCAUGUGGAGCGCGGCAGGAUUUGGAGGUGUCGUUCUGCCGUUGGUGCUCGAGGCUCUGUUGGCACGAUUCGGCUUUGCGGGCGCCAUGCGCAUCUGGUCGGGUAUCUUGUUCACAGCUUCGUUCCCCCUCGCCUUCUUUGUCAAGCCGCGUUUGCCUGCUUCUGCUGCAGCGCGCUCAAGACCGUUUGAUGUCAGCGGUAUUCUAACGCGCGCCUUUGCCCUUCACCAGCUCGGUAAUAUUGUCCAGGCCUCGGGUUUCUUUCUCCCGGGUAUUUAUCUGCCAUCGUAUGCGCGCAGCUCGUUUGGCGCCUCGUCCUUCAUGUCGGCAUUGACGGUGCUCCUGGUAAACGUGGCAGCCACCAUGGGCUCGAUUAUGAUGGGCACGCUGACGGACAAGGUCCACGUCACGACCUGCAUUGCCAUCUCGACGGCUGGUACUGUCGUCGGGGUCUUUUUGAUCUGGGGGUUGUCUUCGUCUCUGCCUGUCUUGUUUCUCUUCUGCAUUGUCUAUGGCUUCUUCGCCGGCGGGUGGACAUCAAUAUGGCCUGGCAUCAUGCGAGAUGUGGCGCGACAGGGCGAAGCAGCCGGUCGGUAUGUAGACCCAACCAUGGUGUUUGGCUGGUUGUGCGUCGGUAGAGGCAUUGGCAAUGUCGUCUCUGGCCCUCUCAGCGAUUCGCUUCUAGCUUCGAGCAAGGCUUGGGUCGGACAGGCUACUGCCGGCUUUGGCAGUGGUUACGGCAGUCUCAUUGUCUAUACUGGAGUGGCUUCUUUGAUUGGAGGUAGCAGCUUUGUUUGGAAGUGUAUUGGUUUGAUUGGAUGA